AUGUUUUUACGCCUCUCUCUCCCCCUCCCUCUCUCCCCUCUCCCUCUCUUUCUCUCUCACUCGCAUGACAACGCUUUUACACUUCCUUCUCUCUGCUCUCUCUCUCUGAUUUAUGACGAUGUUUGUACGUCUCUCUCUCCCUCCCUAUCUCUCUCACCCUCUCUCUCUCUCUCUCUCUCUCUCGUGAUGUUUUUACGCUUAUGCCCCUCCCUACCUUCCCUCCCCUCUCUCUCUAUCUCUCUCUCACGCGCGCGCGCUCUCCAUUUUUUUCUUUCUUUCGCUCUUUAUUGCCUUCCCUGCAUCCGUUAUCGCGCGGAGGCAGCGUGGCACCGCCGCUCGUUCGAGCGAGCACGCGAACCGUUGCUCCGAUCCCGCGGUUCCUCUCGUACUGGACGGGAUAGCCGUGGCCACGGCCGACGUAACACACGUGCCGAUCGAGCCGACAUCGAAGGAUCAAAAAGCGACGUCGCUACGAACGCUUGGCCGCCACAAGCCAGUUAUCUCUGUGGUACCUUUUCUGACACCUCUCGGCGGAACAGAGUUCUCCACUUGGAAAGGAUCGAUUCGAUGGGCCACUCUUUCGUGUUUUAUUUUUCUUCCUUUUCUAUUUUCCUCCUUUCUUUCUUCUUUCUAUUUUUCUUCUUUCUUUCUAGCUUUCUUUCUUUCUUUCUUUCUUUCUAUCUUUCUUUUUUCUAUCUUUCCUUCUUUCUUUCUUUCAAGAUCAUUUUGUUUCCUUCCUUUUUUCCAUUUUCUUUCUUUCUGUCUUUGUUUCUUCUUGCUGUCCUUUCUUUCUUUCUUUCUUUCUUUCUUUCUUUCUUUCUUUCUUACUUACUUUUAAGAUCAUUUUGUUGUUUUCUUUCUAUCUUUCUUUCUUUCUUUCUUUCUUUCUUUCUUUCUUUCUUUCUUUCUUUCUUUUCUGUCCCCAUGUUGCACUUUUAUAUGCCCUGUCCUCUUGUUCCACCGAACCUCAGGUAUAUUUUUCUGUCUUCGCGCCUGUGCCAAGAUGUCGUAGCGCGUGAACAGUGUGAUAAAGGGGCAGUGGUAGCUCCCCGGAAGCUGCUGGACAGCCGAACGGACCCAAUAAAAGACUUCAAAGGAGACGAGAAUUUGCUGGUAAUUAUUUUUUUUUUUCUCUCACGGCAAGCGAAAUUGCUCGUGCAGUAG